CAGUCCAGUCCAGGGAGAAGAAAGAUUCAGAGGAAAUGGAAGUGUCAUUGAAGACGAAGAAGCUUUUGUUAUGGCUGCUGGGGUUGUUGUUGCUUCACUGCAGGGCCCAAGGCACAGUACACUACUACGACUUUGUCGUCAAGGAAAGCAAUUUCACAAAGCUAUGCGCUACAAAGAGCACUUUGACGGUAAAUGCCAGUUUUCCGGGACCGGCGAUUCGCGCCCACAAAGGAGACACUCUGUAUGUGAAUGUUUACAAUCAAGGAACAUAUGGUGUCACCAUUCACUGGCAUGGAGUGAAGCAACCAAGGAACUCAUGGUUUGAUGGACCUGAGUACAUCACUCAGUGCCCCAUCCCAGCUGGAACAAACUUCACUUACCAAGUCCUACUUACUGAAGAAGAAGGAACUUUAUUCUGGCACGCCCACAGCGACUGGACAAGAGCCACUGUUCAUGGUGCCUUAGUCAUCUUGCCUGCAGAGGGAACAACUUAUCCAUUUCCCAUGCCUGAUGCAGAACAAAUUUUAUUAUUUGCUUCGUGGUACAAAGAAGAUGUGAUGGUGUUAAUGGAUGAGGCCCUCCGUUACGGUGGAUUGACUGUAUUGUCAGAUUCCUAUGCCAUCAACGGCCAACCCGGGGAUUUUUAUUCGUGCUCCAAAGAUACAACAUUUCGUAUGUCGGUUGAUUAUGGAAAGACCUAUCUACUUCGCAUAGUUAAUUCCGUACAGAACACAGACAUGUUCUUCAGCAUUGCAGACCACAAUCUCACAGUUGUCGGAUGGGAUGGUUCCUACAUCAAACCCUUACAAAUGACUUACAUAAUGAUAACCCCAGGGCAAACAAUGGAUGUUUUGGUCACAGCAAAUCAAGCCCUCAGCCACUAUUACAUGCUCGCCAGCCCUUAUUUUGAUGGACAGGCAGAUGACUUUGACAAAAGCAUCACCAGUGCAAUCUUCCAGUACAGCGGAAACUACACUCCCCCAUCGUCGCCGGUGUGGCCGACCAACAUCCCUGGUUUUUAUGACAUUGGCGCUGCGGGGUUGUUCACAACACGUUUAAGGAGCUUGGCGUCCAAAGAGCAUCCUGUAGAUGUUCCUCAAAGUGUCGACACCAGAAUGUUUGUGACAGUUUCCAUAAACAUGAUGCAUUGCCCCAAUGGGUCAUGCGCAGGGCCUGAUGGGAAUAGGCUUGCGUCCGGCUUGAACAACAUCAGUUUUGCAAACCCUUCUUUGGAUAUAUUGCAAGCUUAUUACAGGAACAUAAGUGGAUAUUUUGAGGAAAAUUUUCCAGACAAACCCCCAAAUCUAUUUAAUUUUACCUCAGAGGAUUUGCUGACGGACAACGUUACCCUAUCGGACCAAGGGACAAGGGUGAAGAUAUUAGAUUAUAAUGAAACUGUGGAAAUAACGUUUCAGGGGACUAAUGUCAUGAAUUCAGGAGAAAAUCAUCCAAUUCAUUUACAUGGCUUUAGAUUUUAUGUGGUUGGAUCAGGACUUGGAAAUUUCGACAAUGUGAGUGACCCAUUAACUUAUAAUUUGGUUGAUCCACCCGAAGCUAACACUGUUCCAGUUCCUAAGGAUGGUUGGGCCACCAUCAGAUUUAGAGCCGAUAAUCCAGGGGUUUGGUACAUGCAUUGCCAUUUUGACCGGCACAUGAGUUGGGGUAUGGACACAGUUUUCAUAGUACGAAACGGCCCCACUGAAGAGACGAAGCUCCGCCCUCCUCCGGCUUACAUGCCACCAUGUGGAGCAGAUGCACUCUCUGGGCUUCAACAGACAAUCUUCCAGAAAGAAGAGUAAAGAAGGAAAUUUUGAUAGUAAUACCUGUGAGGAGGUGCUAUCUGCAGUUAUGCUUGAUACUUAGUUUGUACUUCAUGGAAAGUUUCUUCAGUAUAAAAGGAAAAAGGUAUUUUUUUCCUUUUUCUAUUUUGAUCUAUGAUCCAUAGAAACCGCCAACCGGCAUCAAUUAUUUUAGAAGAGUUGAAGCUGUUAAAUUCUAUCUCUUUUGUUGAUCUUGUACAAAAUGGGAUAAACAUAUAUUAUAAUUAGAUGCAACAAGCAGAUGAAA